AUGGUCCUCGAGGCCACGAUCCUGUGUCUCGAUAACAGCGAACACGUUCGCAACUCCGACUACGCCCCCUCGCGUCUUCAGGCCGAGGCGGACGCAUUGAACCUGCUCGCCGGGGCGAAGACGCAGAGCAACCCCGAGAACGCGGUCGGCGUGCUGUCGCUGGCGGGAAAGACGCCGCGCGUGCUCACGACGCCGACGCAGGACCUGGGCGCGGUGCUCAACUCGGUGCACGGGGUGAAGAUCGAGGGCGAGAUCAACGUCUGCGUCGGCGUCCAGGUGGCGCACUUGGCGCUGAAACACAGACAGAAUAAACACCAGCGAAUGCGGAUCGUGCUGUUCGUCGGAAGCCCGCUGAGGGAUGAGAUCGAGGCGCUGCGAGCGGUGGGGAAAAAAUUGCGCAAGUGCAACGUGGCGGUGGACGUGGUGUCGUUCGGCGACGUCGAGGCGAAUCGAGAGAAGUUGGACGCGUUCGUGACGAGCGUGAAUAAGAAUAAUAACUCGAAUCUGGUCGUCGUCGAGCCGGGGGCGAAUCUGAGCGAUGUCUUGUGCGGGACGGCGAUUUUCAAUCAAGACGGAGCGGCGUCGGGGAGCGGAUUCGCGGCGGCGGCGGCGGCGGCGCAGUCGCAGGCGGCGAUGCAGGGCCUCGAGGGCAUGGGAGACAUGGGAGACAUGGGAGACGAUCCAGCGUUGAUGAUGGCGCUGCGAAUUUCGCUCGAAGAAGAGCGCGCGCGUCAGGAA